AUGGGUGAAAACAUUGUCCUUGACAUUCGCCAAUCCGAUACAGAGGCCAGCAUACGGGAUGGAAUCAUCCAAGGGAUGUCCAAAAACCCGAAAGAGCUUCCAAGUCUCAUAUUGUACAGUGCGGAAGGUCUCCGGCAUUGGGCGUGUCAUUCCAGCGCUCCCAACUACUACUUACGACAAGAGGAAAUGCGGAUUCUCAAGUCCAAAGGCGAUGAGAUUGCAAACCGUAUCCCCGAGGGGAGUGUGAUUGUUGAUUUUGGAAGCGCAGCCUUAGAGAAAGUCAUCCUUCUUCUGGAAGCCCUCGAGCGACAGGCAAAAGAUGUCACCUAUUAUGCGUUGGAUGUCAGCUACUCGGAGCUCGUUUCAACGUUGAAAACUAUACCGAUGGAGAGAUACAAGCAUGUCCGCUUCGCCGGACUCUAUGGCACCUUUGAUGACGGGCUACGUUGGUUGAAUGAGGACCCCCAUGUUCGCGACUUGCCUCACUGCGUCAUGUUCUUGGGCUCGAGUAUUGGUAACUUCUCAAAGCCGGAGGCAGCUGGCUUUCUGAGCAGCAUUGCAACCAAUGCUUUGAGAUCACCAGGCAGCUCUCUCCUCAUUGGUAUCGAUGGAUGCAAGGAGCCUCUUAAGGUAUUGCGGGCAUAUACAGCAGAUGGAGUCGGGGGGUUCACCAUGGCUGGAUUAGAACAUGCGAAUUCGAUUCUGGAACAGCGACACGUCAAUGGCGAGGUCAAGUCCGCUCCUUCAACAUUCAACAUCGACGAGUGGUAUUAUUUGACCGAGUGGAAUCACCACCUUGGCAGACAAGAGGCUUCCUACAUCCCCAAAUCGAAAGACAUUAGAUUGGGAGCUCCAUUAGAGGAUAUAGUGGUCAGCAAGGGCGAGAAGAUACGUUUCGCCGUGAGUCAGAAAUACGACGCUCAAGAAAGGAAGCAGUUGGUGGAUGAGGCUGGCCUUGAAGAAGUUGCGUCCUGGUCAAACCAAGACUGUGACUUAGGUGAGUUCCCAGCACUUUUCUGUUAA